AUGACCGCCGGUGCAUUGACUAUCCCUUAUAUUGCCGCCUCUGUUUGUUUGGCUACAACAAGUGGAGUGUGUGCUCCACUUGCCGGUUUAAUUCUAAGCACAGUGGAUGUCGUGGUUGCUGCCAUAGUUUUAGGGCAAAGUGAAGGUGAUGUGCCCUCUAAACGUAAUUUGGGAACCUUUGAGGAUUGGAAUGGACCUUUCGGCUCUAUUGUCAACAUUUCAGUGUGGCCUCAUGACAAUAGUUCUGUAAUUUCGACUGUUACCAGAUCGCAGAUAAAUUUUAAUUAUGUAGCUGUUACUUCCCAAUCUAACAGUAGUCUUUCAAAAAGGGACUCUACAACGCUAGCCAAUUCACUACAUUUUACUAGCCAAUUUGGAAAUCAUGUGGCAUCUUCUAUUGUCUACACCGCCGAGGAAUUGUCUCAACUAAUUGUCACGGCCGUUCCUGGACAACUUGUCAAUUCGAACUUUACCAAGCGUACUGAUACAUUUGAGGUAAGCUGGCUUUCAUACAAUUUUGAUAACAGCAACAAGGGUUUAGCAUAUGAUUGGUAUGAAGCAGAAGGAGGAAGUUUUGAUUCUGUGUUGGAAGAAGAGUUAACAUCUGCUAUUACAAAGAAUCCUGACUGGAAAUACUGCUUUUCUCCAGCAAUGGUCAAAGCAGGAGAAGCUCUUGAUUUUGAUGAUAUUCCGGGCGAUGGUGAUGGUACAGGCAAUGUAGCAAAAGGUGAAAUCUACUUCAACACAUAUGGUGGGAUUGAUAGCUUCUGCAAUGACGCUUAUGAUGGUACUGACCGUUACUGA